AUGGUCUCCUCACUCGCUCGCUUUGCUGCCAUCUCUGCCCUCGCCCUCGGGGCUAUUGCUGCUGACGGUGCUGAGCUCAAAUUGAAGAGCGUUGGUGCCAUUGGUACCGGCUGCCCUCCAGGAACUGUCGUUGGACGCGUCAACAAGGACGACAGCCUCUCCCUCUUCUUCGCCAAAUUCCGUGCCGACGCCGGCCCCACCUUUGACCUCAGCGAGGGCCGAACCAACUGCCAACUCACCCUCGACGUCGAUAUCCCCGCUGGCUACCAAUUCGCCUUUGACAAGACUGUUUUGAACACUGCCUAUGCUGUCGACUCCAAGGUUGAUGCUAUCUCCAAGACCUAUUACUACUUCCAGGGCCAACUCGACCAGGCAACUGGUAGCGCGACUGUUUCCGGCCCAGCAAGCGGCUCCGGUACCGUCACCCACAAGUUCUCCCCCACCAUCUGGAGUCCCUGCGGCUCUUCUGCCAUCGUUGGCAUUAAUACUUCUCUUCGUAUUGACAACGGCAACUCGAAUGCUCGGGGACACAUUGCUGUGCGCAACUCGACUGACGCCUCCUUCAUCUGGCGAAAGUGCUAA